CUAAUAUGGAAACAUUUUGAACUGCCUGAGAGCCACAUAUAGAGCAGCAAGAAGUGGAGAACAGGAAAAGGAGGGAGCGGUGAGAGAAGACUGAAAGGGGGGACUCCAACACACGACCACAAUAACAUCAGCAGCAAACAGAGCCGGGAAACAGGAGAAGGAGGAAGAGGUUCACACAGGGGCACGUGAGGGUGCACCUGAACGGAACAGCCCCUUAGUGUGAGUGCACUACAGGAGCCAUAGCGCACGUGUUAAAGCACGCAGCACGAGUGCGCGCGCCUCACUGGUGUACACGAUCGGAUUUCUGAUCGCAGGGUGUUCACUAGAUCUAACGCUGUCUCUGAUUGGUUGCACGGACUGUAGACGCUUUCUGCGGCGGCGCGGGGUCUCGAGAGGUCGCUAAUUAGCGAGCAGACUUUUUCGAGCGGGUGCCGUUUACACGUGAGCUCGCAGCAGUUCCGGGCGGUGGCGCGCGCACGCUCUGGUUCCCGUGCAUAGUGGCAGCUCGCGCUGAGCUCGGCGUCAUUCUGAAGCGCUGUGCUACCGGACAUAACGCACGGCUCUCUCUCUCUCUCUCUCUCCCUCUCUCUCUCUCUCUCUCUCUCACUCUGUCUCUCUCUCUGCUCUCCUAGCACUUUCGGUCUGCUCGGAAUAACACACGCACCUCUGCCAAAGAAGCGGAUGAGAGAAGGUGAAAAGUUAUGGAUGAAAGAAUAUCCCGACUGCAGGACAGAGCGUUCCUCGAUCACGCAGACUUCCUGGGGGUCGAUUAUUCGUCUCUUUAUAUCUGCAAGUCAAAAAGGGGCAUGAAGCGAGAGGAAGGAAAGCAGGACGCUUAUAAGUUACCGCACAGACUGAUAGAGAAGAAGCGGAGGGACCGGAUUAAUGAAUGUAUUGGACAAUUAAAAGACUUAUUACCAGAACACCUUAAAUUAACGACACUGGGUCACUUGGAGAAGGCGGUUGUGUUGGAGUUAACUCUGAAACACCUGAACGCUUUGACGGCUGUCACUGAGCAGCAGCACCAGAAGAUCCUGGCACUGCAGAACGGAGACCGUACGCUAAAGUCCUCCAUCCGCGCAGACCUGGACGCUUUCCACUCGGGAUUUCAAGCAUGCGCUAAAGAGGUGCUGAAGUACCUGAGCACCGUGGAGAAGUGGACCAGCUGUGAGCAGAGGUGCACGCAGCUCAUCGAGCAUUUGCACAAAGUUUUGGCGCGACUCGUGCAGCCGCAGUUAGGCGCACAGGAGAGAGACGGACAGACCAACUGCGUUCCCGUCAUCCAGAGGACUCAGAAUCCUGAGGCCAACGAGAACGACACGGACACCGACAGCGGAUACGGUGGCGAGACCGACAAAAACGACGCUAGAGCCGAAAAAGCAUGCGACACAGUCAGAGUCGGUGGAGUUAAAAUAAAGCAAGAGUUCGGGGACGAGCGCGUCGCCAAAAAGCCCAAAAUGAGCUGGAGUGAGAACAGCAGCGCAGGAACCGCGGAGCAGCCAAACUUAGCGUUUAUGAACUCACUGAUGGGGAUGGCUGGAGUGGGGCAACAGACUCCGUUCUGCGUGCCGUUUUACUUCAUAAACCCGUCGGCAGCUGGGUCCUACAUGCCUAUUUUCGAUAAGAGCAGUCUGGAGAAGUUAGUAUACCCAGCGCUGAGCGGGCCUUUCCCGUGGCUCUACCCCGGCAUCACUGCGCACACAUCAGCCGCCGCAGCUGCUGCUUUCCCCGGAGGCUCUCUCGAGAAAAGCCUGGGGUUCGGGGCAGUUUCACAAGAAAAAGACUGCCCUUCUCCCCCUAACGAGGCAAAACAAUCCAACAGGGUAGCUGCGUCCUCCCUUACCGACGAGGAACAGAACUCAGACCACGAUCCUAUGGAGGACCAGAUCCAGGAAACCAGCACUACAGGCUAAAAGCCUAAAGGGACACUUGACCUUUCGCGCGCUCUUGUUGGCUUGUGACAUUGUGUGUUUAUCUAUUCCUUAAUUUAAUCAUCAUCGAGUACUCUGUGGCCUGUAGUGUUUCUAUGGAUUUACCGAUAAAAGCAGUUAUUUGUUAUUCUUUAUUUUGGAGCUGAAAGUGUGUGCAAAACAGGGUUUUGAGCAGGUCUUUGUGUAGGGACAUUGCAACAGGGGACAUUGGAACAAAACCUAGUGCCUUUUGCACUGAAUGCUGACACUGGAUUGGGAAUGGACUCUGACUGACAACAGCAUACAGUCUGUCUAUUGACUAUAGCAGAUAUCUGAAAAUCGGUUAAAUUGAGGAUUUGUUUUUAUUUGCUGAGGAAACGUAGUAUAUGUGCAAUACUGUCGAAUUGAUCGCUGAAUUAUAACCUACUGCACCUCUUAUUAUUGAUUUGGAUUCAUGCUGGCAUCUUGGAUGUAUUGUAUGACAGUGACCUCAAGCAAGCUGAAACGACUGAUGCAGUACUUUUAGGAACAGCUUUAUUUUUGGUAGAUUUUAGCCUACAGGAUUUACCACUGAUAGUGAGAUUCUUAUUUCACGUUUUAAUCUUCAGUGCUUGAAAGAGUUACUUAAAUACCUCAAGAUACUUUCGCAUUGAGAGCCAAUUUCAUUCCUACAGAUGCUCCUCUGGUAGGGGCAGUGCAGUGAACUGAAUAAUCUUUGUUAGGAUGAAAGUAGUUUUCAACUGUAGUCAAGCAGAACUUGUGAGUAGCCUUGUAAGUCCUUUGACUUACUGUUCUAACAGUUCUAUCUCUCUCACUUAGAACUCAUUUGACCUUGAGUUUAAGUGAUGUGUGAAAUUACACUCUGGAUAUUUUGGCUUAGCAUUGGCUUGUCAUUCAUAAGCAAUCUGUACAAGUAUUUGUGAUAUUACACCAUUGUGACACCCUCUAAAAUAAUUUGACAGCUAUACAAUUUUCUAGACAGUAAGGCUUAUGGAAUCACAGUUUCCACAGGGAUUUUCUCAUGAAAGUCCAAUUUAGUCUAGCACAUGAAUCUGGAGUGGUCCAUGUGGCCCCAUUUAAUAAAACAUCUCAGUAUGUGGAGAGCUACUGUAUAGGACAUGCAUCUCCAGAUAUGUUAGCACCUUGUGGAUCUUUGAUAUUGAAUGUAAUCUGUUUUCUGUCGAUAUGAACGUUUGUAAAUAUUCUGAUAAAAGUAGAUCCACGAGGUAAAGUGCACUUGUUGAUGCCUUCUUUGUUCCUCUAAAACUCUUCUCACACAUUAUUUAUAAUCCAUUACCCUUUGUAUUCUGCCUGUAAUUUAUAUAUACAGUAUAUAUUUUCUUAAAGAAAUCCUCAUGAUUAAAAGGCAAGUCUUGGAUUAAAUGUAUAAAUACUGAAAUAAACUAUAAUAGCUUAAAGCUAAACAAAUUUCAGUCGAAUUCUUCUGACAGCUCUGCUAUACAGUAAAUGUUUUUGCAAGUUAAUCUUGAAAAGCUUAUUUUAAUUCACUAGUAGUCUGACUCACUGAUUAGGGCAAAUAAAUUUUUUGCAUACUGCUAUUAAUCCCAAUAUUUUUUAGUAAAGUUAGUUCCCAAAACAAGAAUCACUGCAUCGGUUUAAAUAUUAUUAUUACAACCUAAGCUUUUGAUUUACUACAAUACUGUCUGUAAUAUAUUUCAGAGCUGAUUAUUGACACAAGAUCUAAAGUGAUUGGGAAUUUUGUAGAACAUGUGUAAUGUAUGUGAUCAUUGCACAUAACCAUUCAAGAACGCAUAUUACCUUUGCAUUGGAGAAAAAUAGGAAAAAAUGAGGGCUUUUAUUACAUGGACUGAUCAAUAUUAGAUUGACUGCAACCAAUACCUUUCCAGUGGGUGUGAGCAUAUGUGUAUUUAAGCAAAAUUUGCAUAAAAAACAUUUUAUAGGCCCCUUAUAGCCUCUUUGAUUCAACUGUCUUUUUGCCUAUGUAGUGGCAUGUGUAUGUAAAUAGUUUGUGAAUACGCAAAAAUGUCCAAUGUUUAUGUUGUAGAAGAAAUCUUUGGAUUUUAUAAAGAAUAAACCUAAGCAAAUGUUGCACAUUUCGCUAACGCUUUACACUACUGCUGUUAUAAACUAUUGCUCACAGUUGUCAAAUAAAUAUAAGCUCAAAGACUAACAA